AUGAUCAUCAAAACUACCUUGUUCCUCUAUUUUGCCACCGCGUGGGCUCAACAGGGUCCUCCUCCUGGCGGUGGACCGUGCUCGUCAAAUGAUCCCGCCACAUGUUGUUUAGUGGCAGGCCAGAGUGAGGGCCAGAUCAACUUGGAUGGCUCUUCUCUCCGGUACACAUGUGGUGCCUAUGCAAAUCCUUCCCAGGGCCAGGGACAUAUAGCAGCCAAUUCUCGCGAAUGUGCUUCUCUCUGUGCUAGCAAUCCUUCUUGCCAGGCAGCCUCGUGGAGUCUCGCUAAUAGUCAAAAGAGAUGCUAUUUCGCGAAAGGGGAAUCAUACGAGAUCCGCCAGAAUAGCAAUUGGCUGUUGUUGGAGCGCUUUAUUGAAGACGAUUCCAUCGACGGGAUUUGCCCCCCGGAUACGGUAUUCGUCGAUGGAAAAUGUGUGCCUGAUCAGGGUGAUACUGGCAGAGAGAUAGAAAGAUGUAAGGAGGAGAACUCUUCCCUUUUGCUGAAGGUGGAAAAGUGCCAAUCCAACAAGGAAGAAUGCACGACACAGUAUGAGCAGGUUCAAAGCGAGAAAGAAGCUUGUGGCAACCAGGUGACAGCCUGUCAAGAUAAGGUCACAAAUCUCGAGCUCGCCAAGUCGACCUGUGAAGCUCAAAAUACAGCCUGCGAGAGCCGAACGAGGGCCUGCAAAGACCGAAUCACGGACCUCGAACUCGCCAAAUCAACAUGUGAUGCUGAAAAGAAUUUUCAUAAGGACAAGGCAGAGACAUGCAACGCUAGGCUUACCGAUCUCGAGAGUGAACUGUCGACUUUGGAAAACAAACUUGGAAAGUGUGAAGUCGACAAAUCCGCCCUUGAAGCCCAGUUGCAUGAAUCUCAAGCCUGGCAGACUUGCCCGGCGAACUCCGUCAAGGUUGCGGCGGCUGGUGGACAGGAUUUUAAGAUCUGGUGUAACCAGCACUGGCACACAUGGGGUGAUGUGGGGGCGCCUCGGGCACACUCACUCAAGCAUUGCGCUGAGCUCUGUGCCGCUGAGCCUCGGUGCAAGAGUGCGAUAUAUGCCUACGAAGCCGCAGAUGCUACGUUCAAAUAUGGUUGCGUUUUCAAGAGCAACCUGCGCAUUAAUGGACCGGCUGAAUAUCGAGACAGUGGCUGGCAUACCGUUAGCAAGCUUGAGUAG